AUGUUUUGUAGGCACACUCUAUCAAAAUCUGGCUAUCAGAUGCUUCAAGUAAUGAGGUUUGCUGUUGAGGAGAUCAAUAACUCUACCACCCUGCUGCCCAAUGUUUCUCUGGGCUAUGAGAUUUUUGAUCAUUGUUCCGACACUAAGAACUUCCCUUCAGUCUUCAGCUUAAUUUCACAGAAUGGAUCGAUAAAACCUCAAGAAAAACUCAACAGCCAUCAUCCUAAAGUGAUUGCUUUAACAGGACCAUAUGGAAGCACAAGAACUAUCACUAUUGCACCACUGGUCACAAUGGACCUCAUACCACUGGUAAAUUAUGGAGCUACCAGCUAUACGUUAAGUGAUAAACUUCACUAUCCAUCAUUUAUUAGAACAAUCCCUAGCAAUAAAGACUUGAUACAGAUGAUGAUUCACAUCAUACAGUGGUUUGGAUGGAACUGGGUUGCUUUUCUUCGAGACCCAGACAGUAACAGUGAAGAUGGCCUACAGCUGUUUAACAGUUAUAUCAAAAAUACUGGCAUUUGUUUGGCCUAUCAAGAGGUUCUGAGUCAACGUGUAAACUACAGUCUAACUCUUCAAAAGAUUAAUAGGCUCAACAUCAACGUUGUUGUGGUUUUCACUGGGUCACAAUAUGCAAAGAACAUAAUCAAAGCAGCCAUAGCAAACAAUAUCCGAAACAAAGUCUGGAUUGCAAGUGAAACAUGGUCUAUGAAUCAACAGCUUCCAAAAGAGCCGGGAGUUGAGAAAAUUGGAACAAUAGUUGGCAUUACAGAGAGAUUUUUGUCAUUGCCUGGAUUUCAUGAAUUCAUAUAUAAAGCCAAAGGAACAAGUGAGAUGAAUACUCACGAUGACGCUGAGAGUGAAAUUCAGAUGAAGACUUGUAAUCAAUAUUGUGACAACUGCUCAAUGUUGACCGCAGAGGAUAUUAUAAAUGAAGAUCCCACAUUCUCCUUUGCCAUCUACUCUGCCAUAUAUACCAUAGCUCAUGCAUUACAUAAAGUUCUUCAGUGUGACAUCAAUGAAUGCAGCACAAACAUCUCUGUGAAACCAUAUAUGCUUCUGGGAGAAAUGAAGAAGUUGGAUUUUCCUCUCAAUGGUCGUCAGGUGAAAUAUGAUGUUAAUGGUGAUCCAGCAGUCAGUUGUGCAGUCGUGCUGUGGCACACUGAAACAAAUCCUCCAUGGAUUCAGAUGGUGGGCACCUAUAAGACACAUCCAGAAAUUACUUUUACUAUCAACAACUCUCUCAUGCCCUGGCGUAACAAUACUGCUGUUCCUUUUUCAAACUGCUCUGUUGAGUGUAAAGAGGGAUUUUCAAGAGAACGUGUGAGAUAUCAUGACUGCUGCUUUCUGUGUAAAAAAUGCCAACAAAACAACUAUGUGAAUUAUUCUCGGGACCCUUACAGCUGUGUUUCAUGUGAAGAGAGGGAAUGGUUUGAUGGCAGCAGCAUGACAUGUAAGCCAAGGCCUGUCAUCUAUCUUCAGUUCACAGAAAUUUCCUCCGUCGCGAUUUUAUUUUCUAACGCAUGCUUGAUUACUUUUCUCUUUGCCAUGUUAUUCAUUUUUGCCUUUAAUCACAACACUCCAGUGGUGAGGUCUGCUGGUGGGCGACCAAGGGUUUUAGGAGAUUCUGACGCCCACGAGUCCCGGGUAAGUAACUCAGGACAGUGUAGGCCGUUGGCUCAGUGCCUCCCCCGGGCAGCGAUGGGGCUCAGGAUACUCGACCAGCAGAGAAUCUUCGGUGCUAAACCCAGAACAGUGGAAACAUGGGCUUACUGCUUCCUUAGGAUAGUGAUGGGGUUCGGGAUAAUCGACCAGCAGAGAAUCUUCAGACUAAACUCCGAACAGUGGAAACAGCCGGCUGACUAG